AUCAUGGGUCACAUAAGUCGUUUGUCUUGAUAGUAAUCUAUAUUUAUUUAUUGAAUUUUGACUUUAAUUUGUGUAUAUUUUUAUGAUAGUAUGUCGAAUCUUUCAACGCUUGAGUUUGUGGCUCUUGAUGUCACUGGAAAGAAUUACCUAUCAUGGGUGCUAGAUGCUGAAAUUCAUUUAGCUGCCAACGGUCUUGGAGACACGAUUAAAGAGGGCAAUGAAUCAUAAGAUCAAGACAAAGCUAAAGCAAUGAUCUUUCUUCGACAUCACCUCCAUGAGGGAUUGAAGAAUGAGUAUCUUACGGUAAACGAUCCACUUAUUUUGUGGACUAAUUUGAAGGAGCGGUAUGACCACCAAAAAACUGUGAUUCUUCCUAAGGCUCGUUAUGAUUGGAUGCAUUUUAGGUUACAAGUUUUUAAAUCUGUGAGUGAUUAUAAUUCGGAGCUAUUCAAAAUAACCUCACAACUACUGUUAUGUGGAGAAAAUAUUACCGAUGAAGAUAUGUUGGAAAAAACAUUCUCCACUUUUCAUGCAUCCAAUGUGUUCCUGCAGCAGCAAUACCGUGAGAAAGAUUUCAAGAAAUAUUAUGAGCUCAUUUCUUGUCUCCUUGUUGCUGAACAAAAUAAUGAGCUCCUAAUGAAAAGUCACCAAUCUCGUCCUACUGGUGCCGCCCCAUUCCCAGAAGCGAAUGCGGCGACGUUCACCCAAUAUCCUUAUGGGCAAAUAGAUGGACGUGGACAUGGACGAGGACAUGGUGAUAUAUGCUAGCCAAUUCACCCACCAUGUGGACCAUCUAGAUAUUUAUUGAUUUUAGUUGAUGUAUCAACUAGAUGGUCACAUGUGUGCUUACUAUCAAUUCCCAACCUGGCGUUUGCUAGAUUACUUGCCUAAUUGAUACGACUACGAGCACAUUUUCCUGAUUUUCCAAUCAAGAAAAUACGUCUAGAUAAUGCUGGUGAAUUUACUUUACAAAUUUUCAAUGACUAUUAUAUGUCCACUGGGAUUGAUGUUGGAACAUCCUGUAACACAUGUUCAUACAAAAAAUGACCUUGUAGAAUCAUUUAUUAAGCAUUUGCAACUUAUUGCAAAACCAUUGCUUAUGAAAAUAAUUUUGCCAAUUUCUUGUUGGGGACAUGCUAUAUUGCAUGCGGCAACAUUAAUUCGCAUAAGGCCAACAAGUUAUCAUGAAAUUUCCCCCUUGCAAAUGGUUUUUGGUCAGGAACCUAAUAUUUUCCAUCUAAAAAUAUUUGGGUGUGCCGUCUACAUCCCUAUUGCUCCACCACAGCGUGUUAAGAUGGUUCCUCAAAGAAGGUUGGAAAUUUAUGUUGGAUAUGAGUCCCCGUCAAUCAUAAAAUACUUAGAACCCUUGAUGGGAGAUUUAUUCACUGCUCGUUUUGCUGAUUGUCAUUUUGACGAAUCAGUUUUUCCAACAUUAGAGGGGUGAGAACAAACAGCUGGGAAAAGAUAUUUGUUGGAAUGAAUUAUCAUUAUCUCACCUUGAUCCUCGUACUAGACAAUGUGAACUGGAAGUUCAAAAGAUAAUUCAUUUUCAAGGUUUAGCAAACCAACUGCCAGAUUCUUUUACUGACCAUAAGAGAGUGACAAAGUCACACAUACCAGUUGUAAAUGCUCCGGUGAAAGUUGAUGUCCCUAUUGGACAAUCUGAAAUUGCAAAUGAAUCUAAACCACGAAUGAAGCGUGGUAGACCAGUAGGUUCCAAGGAUAAAAAUCCUUGAAAAAGAAAAGGAGCUAUGCAUCAAGUUGGUCAAAUCGAGGAUAUGAAAGCUCAAGAAGAGUCCCCAAGCAUAACUAAGAUUGUAGUUCCUGAAGAACAUCAGGUACCUGAAAGUUUUGAUAAUGAAGAGAUCUCAAUCAAUUAUGUCUUGGAUGGAAAAUGUUGGAACCGAAGUGAAAUAAUCGUCGAUGAUGUUUUUGCGUACGCUGCAGCGUUGAGUGUGAUGAAUGAAAAUGAGUAUCACGAACCAAGAUCUAUUGAUGAAUGCAAGUCAAGAGAUGAUUGGCCAAAGUGGAAAGAGGCCAUUGAGGCGGAAUUAAACUCGCUUUCAAAGUGAAAGGUUUUUGGACCGGUAGUCCUUACACCAGAAAACGUAAAGCCAGUGGGAUACAAAUGGGUUUUUGUGCGGAAAAACAAUGAAAAGGGUGAAGUCGUGAGAUAUAAAGCACGUCUUGUCGCACAAGGAUUCUCACAGAGACAUGGCAUUGAUUAUGAGGAGACAUACUCCCCCGUGGUGGAUGGAACUACGUUUCGAUACUUGAUUAGUCUAGCAGUUCGAGAAGGACUAGAUCUGCGUCUAUUGGAUGUUGUGACAGCCUAUUUGUAUGGAUCACUUGAUAAUGAUAUAUAUAUAUAUAUAUAUAUAUAUAUAUAUAUAUGGCAAAGGCUAGCGUACGCCCGGGCGUACCCUAGCCUACCGUACGCCCGUUGAGUUUUGCAAUUUAGACAAUAAAUUAACCGGAGUUUGGGGUACGAUACUAUACCCUAACCCCUAAUGGGUGAACCCCAGUCCGCAAUUCACUAACCCAAAUAAUAAUAUUCAUUUAAUCUUGAAAUGAAAAUCAACGGUUCUGAUUCGUGGAAAUUAUUGUUGAUUUUCAUUUUAAGAUUAAACGAAUCUCACGAUUUGGGUUAGAAAACUAGGGACUGGGGUUUAUCCAUUAGUGGUUAGGGUAUAGUAUCAUGCCCAAAAUUCCGGUUAUUUCCUUAUCUAAAUAGCAAAAUUCAAACGGGCGUACGGUAGUCUAACGUACGCCCGGGCGUACGCUAGCCUGAACCAUAUAUAUAUAUAUAUAUGAAACUCACUAAAGGAUUCACUUUUCCAGAAGCAAACAAAACACAAUCUCGAGAAAAAGUUUGUAUCAAAUUGAAUAAAUCCUUGUAUGGAUUGAAACAAUCUGGACAGAUGUGGUACAAUUGUCUCAGUGAAUAUUUGAUGAAAGAAGGAUACAAGAAUGACCCUAUUUGUCCAUGUGCUUUUCUAAAGAGAUCGGGUAGUGAGUUUGUUAUAAUAUCAGUUUAUGUUGAUGACAUAAACAUCAUUGGAACUCCCGAAGAGCUUCCAGAAGCAGUUGAUUGCUUGAAGAAAGAGUUUGAAAUGAAAGAUUUAGGAAGAACAUAGUUUUUCUUGGAUUACAGAUUGAACAUUUGAAGGAUGGUAUUUUUGUGCAUCAAGAAGGAUAAUGUUGAAAAGGUGCUUAAGCGAUUUUAUAUGGACAAAUCACACCCGUUGAGUAAUCCAAUGGUUGUAAGAUCACUUAAUGUGAAAAGAGAUCCAUUUAGACCUCGAGAAAGUGAUGAAGAUAUGCUUGGCCCUGAAGUGCCAUAUCUUAGUGCGAUAGGAGCAUUAAUGUAUCUAGCCAGUCACACACGACCCGAUAUAUCGUUUGUUGUGAAUAUAUUGGCAAGAUAUAGCUCUUCUCCCACUAAAAGACAUUGGGAUGGAGUUAAACAUUUACUCUGUUACCUUCGAGGAACGAUAGAUAUGGGCUUGUUCUAUUCGAGUGCAUCGAAGUUGGAUUUAGUGGGAUAUGCAGAUGCAGGAUAUCUCUCAGAUCCCCACAAUGGUAGAUCUCAUACAAGAUAUUUUUUCACUUGUGGUGGUACAACCAUUUCGUGGCGAUCCACAAAACAAACUAUAAUAGCCACAUCAUCCAAUCAUGCUGAAAUCUUAGCAAUUCACGAGGCAAGUCGUGAAUGUGUUUGGUUAAGAUCUAUAAUUCGACACAUCAGAGAAUCGUGUGGAAUAUCUCUAGGAAAAAUGAACCCGACGAUCAUGGAUGAAGAUAAUACAGCAUGCAUUGCUCAAUUAAAGGAAGGAUAAAUUAAAGGAGAUAGAACAAAAGAUUUUCCACCCAAGUUCUUUUUCACUCAUGAUCUUCAAAAGAGUGGUGAAAUAAUUGUUCAAAAAGUUC